GCUCAAUGGAGAAGAAUUACAAGUCAGACAUGGGGAUAGGUUAGAUCCAAAGUAGUUGAACGUUGAACAACAUCCUUUUAAUUCACGUUUAAUAAAUAAAUAAAAACUCGAAAACAAAAUCAAAAAAGGAAGAAAAGAUCAUUUCGAAAUAUCAGAGAAAAAAAGAACGGGAAUGGAUCCAAAAAAUUCUCGCUUCUCGACUCAGAUCUCUCAUUUGGCUCUCGACAUCGGAGGGACUUUGAUAAAGCUUGUCUAUUUCUCUCCUAAUGGAGACAAUUGCGAAGACGGAAGCAUCGUCGUUGGUAAUGGUUGCUCCGUCGUGCAAGGGAGGCUUUGUUUCGCCAAGUUUGAGACCAGAAAGAUUGAUGAUUGCUUAGAUUUUAUUCGGUUCAAUAUCCUUCAACAUUCCGGUGUACAGCAUACGAAUGGCACAGCGCGCGAUAAGCUUUCUGUUAAGGCCACAGGUGGUGGAGCCUUUAAGUUUGCUGAUUUGUUUAAGGAGAAACUUGGGAUUGUUUUUGAUAAGGAAGAUGAGAUGCAUUCUCUUGUUUGUGGCGUCAAUUUUCUCUUAAAGACAGUGCCAAGGGAAGCAUUUACCUAUUUGGAUGGACAAAAGGAGUUUGUCCAGAUCGACCAUAAUGAUUUGUAUCCAUAUCUCCUUGUUAAUAUCGGCUCUGGCGUUAGCAUGAUCAAGGUCGAUGGAGAUGGAAAGUAUGAGAGAAUAAGUGGAACAAGCCUUGGUGGAGGCACAUUUCUAGGUCUUGGAAAGCUUUUAACAAAAUGCAAGAGUUUUGAUGAGCUGCUGGAGUUAAGCCACCAGGGUAAUAACAGAGUAAUUGACAUGCUUGUUGGUGAUAUCUACGGUGGAACAGAUUACUCAAAGAUUGGUCUCUCCUCAACGGCCAUAGCUUCCAGCUUCGGGAAAGCGAUUUCGGACGGCAAAGAGCUCGAAGAUUACCAGCCAGAAGAUGUGGCAAGAUCCCUUUUAAGAAUGAUAUCAAAUAACAUCGGUCAGAUUGCUUACUUGAAUGCACUAAGAUUUGGCCUUAAGCGUAUAUUCUUUGGUGGGUUUUUCAUCCGCGGGCUCGAGUACACCAUGGACACAAUAUCUGUUGCUGUUCAUUUCUGGUCGAGAGGUGAGGCAAAAGCAAUGUUCUUAAGACAUGAAGGGUUUCUUGGAGCUUUAGGCGCGUUCACGAGCUACAAAGAUCAGAGCCAUAGUACCGAGUUAAAACCGCAUCACCAUACUGUGGAAAGAGCAGUUCUGAAGUGUUCAGAUGAUGAUAGCUUUCGACACAUCCCAGUAACUGCUAAUGUAAAUGAUGGUGAAGCCAUUGAAUGUAGCAUCAAUCUAGUUUAGUCACUUGGUGCAGUGAUCACCUGUUGUAUUGUUAUGAAAUCAGUGUAGAAAAAGUGUCUUUUAAAGUUAUUGGUUUGAGGUCAAGAUGCGCUCAUUAAUAGUCAAUUUGUUGGCACAAGACUGUUUAUGUAAAGAUGACAUAUACAUAUAAAUCCAAGGUAACCGGUAA